GAGUACCGAACGGGCGCGGAGUCAUGGUCGCGCGCCCUCAGCCGGCGAUGACAGACGGAGAGGUAACCUGCAGCCGUCAUCACAUUCCUGUGUUGAAGCUGGCUAAACGCAGCAGUUGCGCCCCUGACGAGGCAGUUGACGCGGGGUCCGCUCGAUGCUGAGAGGAGACGAGCCCUCUGUCAGCCCUCACGCCCGCAAACCUCUCUCCCUCGCCCCUUCCCACCCGCGUGCGCUCCCCCGCCCGCCGCGCUCUCUCCCCCCAAGAUGGCAGCUCCCGCGGUAUCGACGACAUGCCCUCCAAAGACUUCAGCUUCCUCCAGGACCCGUCCGCAUACCAUAACCUGCCCGCCGCGUCCAUCCCCCCACCCUUCAUCAACCCCCCGGUCUCUCCCCUCCCCCUCGAUCCCAAUAUCAACUCUCCUCCUCUCCGGCCACUACCGCCUCGCAACCUCCCUGUGCACCCGCAACAUCCUCUCCUGCUCGCCGCACGACCACCAGACGCUCUUCCACCUGUUCCACACGCGCCUCGCAUGUCUGUGCCUGCUGGGAGAGCACGCGCUGGCCGCGCAGGAAUCGAAACUGCUGGGCGACUUGAAUAGUGCUUUCUACAGACACCCGCUUACGAACGCGCACCUCGUGUCCUGGGACCUGCGCGUGCUCGCCGUGCGGCUCAGCGCCCUCGGCUACGGCGAAUGGCGCAAGGGCAUCAUGGGGUACUACGAGCUGGCACGCGAGUGUCGCGAGAACAUCGUCAAGGCGAGCACAUCCGAGGACGAGAAGAAGACUUGGCGCGCGAGGCUGCGGGAUUGCGGAAUCCGCGUGGCCAACGUCCUCGUAGAAAUGGGCGAUCUGGAAGGCGCAGGCCGGCACUUGUCCACCCUGUCCACUGACGAAGGCGACGUGGACAAAGACAUCGCCAUCAUGGAAACACUAGUCUGGCUGCGCGUGGGCGACAUAGCAGCCGCCCGACGCUGCUUGUCCAGCGCUACAUCCUCGACACUCACAAACGCGACCCUGACCGCCCUCCUCCACCUCGCCGACUCGGACUUCGAGGCCGCGACGACGGCCUUCCGCGCGCUGUACGACGAGCACCCGGACGACGCAAUGGUCGCGCAGAACCUCGCUGUGUGUCUCGUGUACACGGGCAGAAUCUCCGAAGCCAAGACUGUCUUGGAGACAUUGGUGGAUCAGAGCGCGCCGUUCCACUCCAUGGUGUUCAACCUCAGCACCGUCUACGAGCUGUGCACCGAGAGAAAUCGGGACCGGAAGAUGAGUCUCGCAGGGAAGUUAGCAGCGCGCAAGGAUGGAGGGGGUAUGGGUUGGGAAAUGAGCGCGAGUGAGUUCAAGUUAGCGCCUGUUGCUUAGACCGGUGUAUACAAACAGACCACUUUAGAGCUCAAGGGGUCAGAGCUUAUGAAUGAACAAGACCAUGCCAAAACUGCUUUUCUACAAUGCUUGUAAUUGUACUGUGCGCUGUAAAGCAGCCAUCUCUCUGUUGUAGUAUAGUGUCGUAUCUAAUCGUAACUUCACCCAAGCCAA